AUGAGGGCCGUGCUCUGGGAUCUGCUCCUGCUCUGCCUCUGCGCCCGCGCCCGCGGCGACUGCCGGGACGACUGCGCGCACUGCGACCGCCUGCUCUACCGCGACAGCUUCGACGUCCUCAUCUGCGUCCUGGAGUGCGAAGGCCAAGCCGUCCCCAGGGCCACCUGGGAGCUGUGCGCGGCCAGCGGCCGAAGCGCGCCGCGACCUCGCCACCCGUCCGCGCAAGGCCGAGCGGCGAGCGAGCCGGCCGCGCCCGGAGCCUUCCCCAAACGUGGCCGGGAGGAAGAGGAAGAGGAGGAGGAGGACAUUUGGAGGCGGCUGGGAGAGGGCCGGGCGGCCAAGGGGGUGCAGAAGAGGUACGGGGGCUUCAUCGGGGUGCGCAAAUCGGCGCGGAAGUGGAACAACCAGAAGAGGUUUAGCGAGUUCCUGAAGCAGUACCUGGGCAUGGCGCCGCGCUCCAGUGAGUACGGCCCGGGCGCCGGAGCCGGCCACAACAACGAGAUCUAA